AUGAAGCUUCUCCCUACCGUGCUUCCUGCCUUCGCGCUCUUUGCCGUCACCGUCGACGGAUCAUCCAUGCUGCGCAUGGAGGCCGAGGGCAAGAAACACAAGCACAUGACCGCCGCGCCGCAGGGCCAGCAACAGCAGGGUAGCAGUAGCUCGUGCAACCUCACUGGUACCUACGAGAAGGGCACGGACGUCUCGUCCUGCAGCGCCAUUACCAUCGGGGGACUGACGGUGCCUGCUGGCGUCACGCUCGACCUGAGCAAUGUCAAGGACGGAGCCACCAUCACCUUCACUGGCACCGCCACGUUCGGCACGCAGAAGUGGGUUGGUCCCCUCGUGCUGCUGAGCGGCAACGACCUCACGGUUAAGGGCUCCGGCACCCUCGAUGGCCAGGGAGCCUGGUACUGGAAGCAGGGCCAGUCGAUCACCCGCCCGGUCUUCUUCCGUCUCCAGAACGUCGUUGGCUCGACGCUCUCGGGCUUCACGCUCAAGAACUCGCCCUUCCGCACCUUCAGCCUUGUCACGAACCAGCAGACGACGAUCAGCGGACUCACGCUCGACUCUCGCGAUGGCAACGGCAUCGCCAAGAACACGGAUGGCUUCGACCUGACCAAGAACGACCACAUCACGAUCACGGGCAACAAGAUCUACAACCAGGACGACUGUCUGGCCAUGCAGUCGAGCACCAACACGAUCUUCAGCAACAACUACUGCUGCGGUGGCCACGGCAUCUCGAUCGGCUCGCUCGGCGGCAACUCCGUGGACCAGUCCUCGACGGUUCAGGGCCUCACUGUCGAGGGCAACACGAUUGAGGACAGCGACAACGGUCUCCGUAUCAAGACCAUCAUCGGAAUGCAGGGCCUCGUGUCGGACGUCAAGUACGUGCAGAACACACUGUCGAACGUCAAGAACGCCAUCGUCAUGCACUCGGACUACAGCAAGUCCAAGGGCGGCUACACGGGCUCUCCCACUAGCUCCGUGGCGAUCCAGGGUGUGACCAUCUCGGGUCUGACGGGUUCGGCCACCAACCUGUACGACAUCGUGGCGAACCCGAAGACCGUGUCGGGCUGGUCGUUCUCGGGCAUUAAGGUGAGCGCGUCGGUCAAGGGCAAGGUGGCUGGUGCGCCUAACAGCGUUGCCGUGUAG